AUGCUUGCUCCAUCUCCUCCGUUGAGCAUGUACCCUCCAAUGCUCCCUACCCCUCCGCCAUCUCCGCCCAUCACCCGCUGUUAUGCUCCGGAAGAUCGUUUGGGACUACUCCUCGCCAACCGGCUGGAGCUGAUUGGAGUCCUGGGAGUAGGUGCUUACGGAGUCGUCUACACGGCUGUUGACAUCCAUACCAAUGUGAUGUAUGCUGUCAAGGCCCUCAACAAAGCCGGAUUGGAUCCCCGCCAGCUCAAGUUUCAGCAGCGGGAGAUCAAAUUGCACCAUAUGGCCAGUCAACACCCCAAUGUGGUUUCCUUGGUUCGCAUUAUGGAUUCCGUCGACUGCACCUACGUAGUCAUUGAGUUCUGCCCCGAAGGUGACCUGUUCUCUAGUAUCACGGAGAAAGGCAACUUUGUGCACAAUGACCCCUUGGUCAAGCGGGUUUUCCUUCAAAUUCUGGAUGCCGUUCAAUUUUGCCAUUCCAUAGGGAUCUACCACCGGGAUCUGAAGCCGGAGAACAUCCUGGUGACCGACCAGGGGUUGACCGUCAAACUAGCUGACUUUGGACUGGCGACUACGGAUCCCUGCACGUCGGAUUUCGGUUGCGGGUCGACCUUCUACAUGUCACCAGAAUGCCAGCAACCCAAUCCCCGCCCCAUGUCAUGGUAUGAAUCCGCUCCCAAUGAUGUCUGGAGUCUGGGCGUGAUCUUGGUCAACCUGACCUGUGGCCGCAACCCAUGGAAGCGUGCCUCCCCUGAGGACUCUACAUUCCGGGCCUACCUGAAGGACCCCUACUUCCUCAAAACCAUCUUGCCGUUGACCGAUGAGAUGAUUUGUAUCUUAAGCCGCAUCUUUGAGUGCGACCCAAGAAAGAGGAUCACGAUCCCGGAACUGCGCGCCAUGAUUCUGGAAUGUACACAAUUUACCAUACCUCCAUGGGGUGCCCCCAUGCCGGUCGGCUUUGUCCAUAACCCGCAGGUCCCCUUGCACAUCCCCACGGACGUCUUCGACUCGCAGUCCUCGGUUUCUUCUGGCUCCUCCCAUUACUCUGACUCGCUGCAGUCUGCUGUGUCGGACGCGUCCUCGUUCACCGAGGGCUACCCCGACGUAGACAGCGUCGAGUCCAUGUCUUCGGUGGGACUGGACUGUGAGGCCGAUUGCAAGAACGUUUUCCCGCAAACGGACUCGAUUACGUGCGGGGACUUCACGGAGCCGCUGGUGAUUCCCUUCCCACCAUCAAUCCCCGUCCCCGUCUGCUAA